UGCUGUGCUGAUAGGAUAGGCAGGCAUCCAAUAGUAUUUUUAAAUAUAGUAAUUGUUUUAAUUAAUACAAUACACUCUUAUUAAGUUAUUAAGCCUGGCUUGUUAUCUUCAAAACAGAUUUGAUAUAAAUAUUCAGACAUCUUUGAUGUUUAAUUAUGGCUGAGAGACUAAAAAUAUUGCAUGGUCAUAUAACAGCAGGUUGCAACCAGCUGUCUGCCUCUGCUGGAGUUAAUACCUCAUCUGCUUUUAAGUACACAGUUGACAACUCUAAGCUCACUUAUGAGCAACGAAAGUUUUAUGAAGAAAAUGGUUUUCUUGUUAUCAAGAAAUUAGUUAGUCCUGAUAAACUUAAAAAAUUUAGAGAGAGAUUUGCUGAUAUUUGUAAACGAGAAGUGAUUGUCCCUGGGAUGACCAUCAUGCGAGACGUAGCAAUCAAAGACUCAGAGUUCGUGCCUGGUGAACAGGCAGUGACCAAGAUCCAAGACUUUCAGCAGGAUGAUGUCAUGUUUGAAUACUGUGCCUUGCCUGAGGUUGUAGAGUAUGUGGAGAGCUUCACUGGCCCAGAUAUAGUCGCCAUGCACACCAUGCUAAUCAACAAACCCCCAGAUUCUGGCAAGUUGACAUCUAGGCACCCCAUGCAUCAAGAUUUGCAUUACUUCCCCUUUAGACCUGCUGAACGGAUUGUUUGCUCUUGGACAGCUAUGCAAAAGAUAAACAGAGAAAAUGGUUGUUUGGUUGUUGUGCCUGGUACACAUACAGGAGAACUCUUGGUGCAUGAAUAUCCUAAAUGGGAGGGUGGUGUGAAUAUUAUGUAUCACGGGAUCCAAAACUAUGACCCCAGUCAGCCUAGGGUGCACCUUGAAAUGGAAGAGGGCGACACCGUUUUCUUCCACCCUCUUCUCAUCCACGGUUCAGGUACAAACAGAUCCAAGGACUUCAGAAAGUCCAUUUCCUGCCACUAUGCAAGUGGAAAAGCUCACUACGUGGAUGUUGCUGGGACUGAACAAGAAACAAUAGCGGAUGAGGUCAUCCAGGUGGUACGUCGUAAGCUCGGCCGAGAAGCGAACAUAACAUUUGUGGAUGUUUGGAAGUACAAAAGUCGAACAAUCAAGGGAGAUAACCAGCUCAACUACUCUUAAACAACACAUGGAUCGUUAAUUGUUGUUAAAGUUUACACUUAAUACUUAUAUAGUAUCAGGUCUACUUAUACAGAUUUAUUUUUGUUAUUUAAUUACUCUAUGCUGUGAUUUUGUUUUCACUAAUGGCUGAUACAAUGUUUAAAAAUUAAUAUUUUAUUGUUUAUAAUGCAAUUUUUAAAAAAAAUUAAUAUUUUAUUGAUUUUUAAUGCAAUUUGGUUUUAAUUAUAUUAAGAGUACAAUAUAUUUUUGAAACUUUAUUUUAACCUAACCUUGAAUUAUAGAAUGAAAUCAGUUUGAGAGAAGCUGAAGUUAUUAUUUUAAAACAUGGAUUAAAGAAUUAGAAAGAGUGUAAAUGAAAAAUUGAAAUUUGAAAUGACUGAUUAAUAUUGUUCAGGGGUCAAGGGUUUAACCAAUUAAUAAUUUAUCAUAUAAGUAAAAAAAAAUUAUAUUUCUUACUUGUAUACAGUGUUUUCAAUUUUAUUUGCAGACCAAAUUUGUAAAUGAAUUUUUUUUAAUAAGGGAAAUAGUUUUCUUUUUAAAGACAUAGCAUUGAUUUUGCAUCAUCUCUCAAUGCCCAUUGACUCCCAAGGCUUCAACAAGUUAGCGCUAUUAGAAAAAAAAUUAUCAUAAUAAAUACAAAAUAAAAAUAUGUCCCACCAAAAUCCUCAGGUAAAAUCAUUUACAAUGUUUGUUUAUGAACAUGUAUUACAUUUGUAUGUUCCAAUAAUUUCUCUUCCCAACCUAGCUAAUAAUUGACCAUAACAUUGUCACUGAACUGCAUGUCAUAGCUUUUUCAAAAUUGUAUUUAAAUUAAAAUGUUUAAAAAAUAACUUGGUACAAGUUUGUUAGUCUUGCAAUUAUUUUUUUGGAGUGGCACUGAAUAUAAAUAAAGGUACAAGGCCUAAUGUUAAAAAAUAUCCUGUGUCAUAAUGUUACUUUGUCGAAUUUUAUAUUGUAAAUAAUUAUAGAGAUCAUUAUCUCCAACAAUAAAAUGUUUGGUAACUCAGAGUUUGUUCCAUCGUACUCUCCCAGAUUUGAGCUAGGUACCCAUCAUUGUUGACCAUGGUUUUAUGGGUGCCAAUAGGCUGUAACUUUAUACUGAUCACAAUUACACACAAUUAAUUAUAAGGGGGAGCACCUACAGCUACUGUUACAUUUUCAUAUAGCUUCAAAAAUCUGUUCUUAUUUUAGAAACGUGAUUAGCAUAUAGUGUUAGGUUUUGUGAUGAUUGUUCAAUUUUUUUUUAUAAAAGAUGAUUUGUUUAUUAUUGUUUACUUUACAUAGCUUCGAAAAACAUAAUUACUAGUCAUCCA